GUACAUGUCUCUUGAAAAGAUAACACGAGUUCUACCAGGUGAUGCAAGGUACAGCUGCAAAUGGUUUUGAGAUCUUAUAUUACAGACAAUAGGCACCUUGCUAUUGUCUCUAUGAAAGGAUAUUGAUUUCAAUUUAGAAUAAAAACAAGUUCAGCUGGCAGGCAAUAGGUGAAUGCUCUGGUACACAGGACCCACUUUAUAGUAUCUCAUGUGGCAGCAUGGCUGAUUCACCCUUGGACAUUGAGACAACUUAAUGAAGGACCUGAAAAGAAAUUUCUUCUGGAUUCUGGAGCUCAAGCAUGAUGAAGCUUAAAUCCUCUUCUUUUUCUGGGUCCUGUGUGAGCUUUCUUCUACAAGUGAUGAUAUCAACUUCAGAAAACUGGACAGUCACCAUUCCCACGAGACACUUGGUGGCUGCAGUAGGAGGACACGCUGAGCUCAGCUGCCAGUUGUCCCCGCCACGAAGCGCAGAGCAUAUGGAGGUGCGCUGGUUCAGAGGGGACGAUUCCAAACUCGUUCACCUAUACAGAGAUGGCCAUGGAGUGAGUGAAGAAGCUGCCCCAGAAUAUGUGAAUCGCACAGAGUUUGUGAAAGAGGCCAUUAGAGAGGGCAAAGUGACUCUCAGACUUCAUAAUAUCAGUGUUUCUGAUGAUGGAUCAUAUCAGUGUUCAUUUAAAGGUAGUGGCAUUAAUGAUGUGGCCAGCAUGAAUCUGAGCAUAGCAGCAUUAGGCUUGGAAACACAAAUCCAUGUUCAGGCGCCUGGCACUGAGGGGCUCGUGGUGGACUGUAACUCAGGAGGGUGGUUCCCAAAGCCCCAGAUGGAAUGCAGAGACGGCAGAGGAGAAAGAGUUCCACAUUCAUCAAAGUCCUAUUCACAGGACGGAGCCAGAUUGUUUCACGUGAAGACGACUCUUGUCCUUAGAAACCAGUCAUGGGGCAACAUGACUUGCUACAUCCGCAAUCCUCUAACAGGUGAAGAGAAACGAACAAAUAUCAUCCUGGCUGGUGAUCUGUUUUACCCAGACCACAUUUGGAUGAUAUUCUCUGUAUCGCUUCUGUUCGUGAUAUUGUUUUUGACUAUUGUCCUCUCUUGUCAAUGUUUCACAAAAGGAGAUAACUGCUGCAACGAGUGUGGAGUCAUUAAAGGAAUCUCUCUUAAUGUGAUGUUGUUCCCAUGUGACUGCCAUGGUUGGUUUCGCCCAAGCGUCAUUCAAUUACUGACUUGUUUAGUCUUUUUUGGACUGCUCAUUAUAUAUCUGAAGUUCCGGAGACGAGUCUCUAUUUCAGAUCCUUUGUUUCCCUUGUACAAUGACUGGAUGCGGGAUAUGGCAAUGCUUAUAGCUUGUCCAAUGGCAUUUUUCAGUCUAUUAAUCAUUGUUUUAAGCAUGAAGCUAAGAGGACAUAAAGAACAAGAUGAAUACACUAUACAAAGUGACAGAGAUGCAAUCCACCAACUGUAGAAAUGAAAAACACUACAGAACAAAUGAGAAAAAUUCUUCAAUAAUUAUGUUGCAAACGUAUACAACUUCAGUGUAAUCCCUACCAAUGUCUCAAUGAAAGUUUCUACAAAGAUAAAAAAUCUGUCAAUGCUUCCACCUUUUGCUCUUGUAUUUGCCAUGAAGUGAUGGAGCCAGAUGCCAUGAACUUAGUUGUUUUUUUUUUUGUUUGUUUGUUUUAAUA